AUGGAUAUUGAAGAGAUUCUUCGUCAAGUUGACCCCACGUCCCACGGCGUUCCUAAUGAGACACGCGACCUGCAAGCUUUGACGCGUCUCUGGAUCGCUGAGAGAUCAGCCCCUGAGCUUCUAGAAUGGCCAACUGAUGGACUAUUUGAUCGAGUCAAUGCCCGCAUCAAGUCUCAGAUCGAAAAGGUUGAGGAUAUGACGGGUGACAUGGAUCCAAAAACCAACUUUGCCCUCAUCGUUAUCCAGACUGAGCUUGAGCGGUACAAGUUCCUUGUGAGAAGUUUCCUACGAGCUCGUAUCGCAAAGAUCGACAAACACACCUUGCACUACCUUUCAAGCCAAGAGCUCAGAGACAGAAUGUCUCCUACAGAAGUCGCCUACGCCACAAGACACCAGGCUCUUUUGCACAAUCACUACCUCUCAUCGUUUCUGUCAUCUUUCCCCCAACAACUUCAGAACCUCAACGAUACAGCAGGCAACAUCAGCAUGAUCGACUCACCAGACCUUGACACAGCUGUUUUUAUCCGCAUGCUCAGAGAGAAGGACGUCCACGGUAGAGGAACCGAUGCCGACAUUACUCUGCCUGCUGAGAAUGGCGACGUUCUCAUCAUGCGAUGGUCCAGCGCAAAGCAUAUGGUCGACGUCGGGGAUGCUGAGCUUGUCUGA